AUGACAACUUCAACGACAGUCACCAGUGGUCUAAAGGAUGGCGAUUAUACGGAGCUCAGCAAAGAAGCAACUACCAGCGCUGCCAAAUCCUCAAAUGCGGGUGACAGCAGAGCAAAGCACGGAACUAACGACAUAUCGGAAGAACUAAAGGACGAGAACAGUUCAGAGCAGCCAGACAGCUCAUUCCGGACUGACCCCGCCGAGUUUGCUGCAUCUGCUGAAACAACUGCGAGCGCGAUGGAGAAGAUUUCUAAUGCGCUGACACGAAAACUGAAAAAAUUGAGAGCUGAAAGCGGUGCCGCCACCUUUCGCAAACAUCCAAAAUCACUCAAAUCCAAAAAGUUGAAGGUAAUUUUUAGGUUAUCUCCAUCAUUCGGGAGGUUCACCGCUCACCAUUAUCUGCUCGAAUUUAUGAAUUUAGAAUUUGAUAUCAGAAACGAAUUCUAUGCCAGUCUGACUAUUUUGCUUAGUUAUGCCUCCGAAAAAUGA